AUGAAGUCGUACACUUACAGGGCUCUUUUGGCUUCCUUGUUGGCAGCCCAGGUUGUCCAAGUCUUUGGAUUCGGCGGUAGAAACGUUUCGCGGGUCUUAACAAAACAAGGCUAUGUGAGGGGAAAACGAACAGCUCUUCAUUGCCAAGAAGGUGACAUAAAACCUAUCUACAAGUUCUUGGGCAUUCCAUUCGCUCAAGCGCCAAAUGGCACUCUGCGAUUCAAGCCCCCACAACCUCUCACCAUAAGAAGAUCAAGUGAGUACGAUGCCACCUAUUAUCGACCGAUCUGUGCUCAAAGCGGGCUCGACAUUGAAAGAAUAAAAGGGGGCCGGCCUGACUUUGACAAAGCAAAGGACGUAAGCGAAGACUGCCUGUACCUAAACAUCUACACUCCAUUUAUAAAUGGUCCCAAAAAGUAUCCGGUAAUAGUGUUCAUACACGGAGGAAAAUUUAAGAGCGGUUACUCUACCUUUGACGAUGUACCAGGCGAGUAUUUGCCAAUUCGCGAUGUUGUUCUCGUUACUAUCCAAUAUCGAGUUGGACCAUUCGGGUUCUUCACGACUGGGGACUCAGAGGCACCGGGAAAUAUGGGUCUUCUUGACCAGGUAGAGGCCCUCAAGUGGGUCCAACAAAACAUCGAGGGAUUUUGUGGUGAUAAGAAGAGCGUGACUCUCCUUGGUGAAAGCGCAGGAGGAUCUAGUGUGGGAUUACAUUACUUAUCACCUCUGUCCAGAGGACUGUUUCAUCGAGGUAUUGCAGUGAGUGGUGUAGACGUGGAAGUGGGCCCAUUAUAUUUCAAGCCAAAGUCAGAGGUUGAAGAGGCCAGUAAACAACUAAUAACCAAAAUGAAGUGUAACGAGAGAUUGGAUCAAGUUCAAUGCUUACAAUCACACUCUUGGUAUGACAUUUUAAGUAAUACCAGCCUUGACUCAAUAUCAUCGCCAAUUGUUGAUAAACAUUUCCUUCUUGACAUUCCACUGAAGUUAAGAGGCGAUGGAAAAUUUAAAACGAUUCCUUUCAUGGCUGGUUUUACUAGUGAUGAAGGGCGGCAGUUUGUUGAUGUUAUAAAGCUUCAAAUUCCUCAAAGCGGAAACAAAGGCUUUGAGAUAGACAGUCUAAACAAAUUUCAAAAUGCCUUACGUUUUGCUCUGAAACAACGGUUGAAAGUUAAAAAAAAGGCACAGCUACGAUUUUUUGUUCAAGAAAUAUCAGAGAAAUACUUGCGACAGAGCUCGCAAGUGAGCCUCUCUAAAUCUGAAUACGAGAGAGUUUUAGUAGACAUUUUUACUGAUAUCGUUGUAGCUGCGCCAACCCAUGCUGCCUUGACCUUCCAUAGCAAACACGGUGCUCCUACCUACAUGUUUGAGUUUGCCCAUGGACAUCGCAAAACAGAAGCACCAGAAGAAUGGAUGGGACCGACCCACGGCGAUACGGAGGCGUACGAGUUCGGCAAACCUUUCCUUAAGCCUGGCGGUUAUGAUAAGGAUGACAGAACUGUGAGCGACAUUAUGGUGACCAUGUUUAUCAACUUUGCCAAAUUUGGAAACCCGACACCUAAUCCUGUGCAUGGCGUUAAAUGGCAAACAUUCGACUUAACCAACAAAGACUAUCUGAGAAUCCAGGUGAAUCCCGACAUGUUCAGCAACUAUCGUCCAGAGAAAAUGAAAUUCUGGAAUCAAAAUUUCACCCAAUGGCUUAAAGACAGUACUAGGAUUAAUAGACAAAGAUUGCACUCUACAGAACAAAUAACAGUUAGCUAGCUUUUCUUGUGCAUUUGGCACCUUCGUAGAAUAUCCAUUCUGUUAUGUUGUGUUAUUCAACAAAUGAUCCCUUACUUAGUUUACGACUGGCUGCUUGAAUGGAGAUAAAAGAAAAUAAAGUAAGAUGACAUCCCAA